AAAUCCCAGCAGCUGAUGAGCAGAGCUCAAGCAUUUAACCGACCCCGCGCGAGCAGAGACGGCAGCGGACACCUCUCUCUCCCGCGUCAACGUUAACAACAGCCCUUCCGGAAACGUGCUCGCAUUUAAAGCUGCCCAUUUUUGGAACGCAUCCAUUUGGGUCUGAGCGCACUCUACACACGGGCUCCUGGAGGCGGAUCUGUUGCUGCCGUCGCGUGCGCUGUCCAGUGCUGAAGUUGCAUUUCGUCUGUGCGGAACGGCUCGUGCACAGCUGAAGCUCCGGAGGUUCCGCGUCUUUCCCCGCGCUCAGGUGUUUGACUUUUAGCCCUGCUGGACCAACUCUUAUUUUUUUUGCUGUGGAUAAAGCGAGGAUAACGUGCCGGGACAGGCUUUCCGCUGUGCGCUCUAAACAUGCCAAGGUCUUUUUUGGUGAAAAAGGUGAAGCUAGAUGAUUUCUCAUCCACUGAACUUGAGAGCGCGUACGGCAGGUCCAGGAGCGAUCUUAGCUUUCGGAUACACGACAAAGGCUACAUCAGUGAUUACAUCUCCCCGGCUGUUUAUGAUGGAGAAAUUGACGGUGGCACUAAAGUACCUUCUCCAGGGCCGAUUUACGACAGCAACCACAGUGACUAUGGGACACCUGACUCAGACCAGCCAGACAGCCCACAGUCAGAGAUCACAUCUGGGUACAUCAAUGGCGACAAUGCAGUGAGCGAAGGUUACACUGUGGACGCAUUCUUCAUCACAGACGGCAGGUCCCGUCGGAAAGUGCUCGGUGCCUCGCGGACCCUACAGCGACACACGUGCAACGAAUGUGGCAAAACCUAUGCGACGUCUUCCAACCUGAGCAGGCACAAACAGACACACCGGAGCCUGGACAGCAAGAUGGCCAAAAAGUGCCCUACAUGUGAGAAAGUCUACGUGUCCAUGCCAGCCCUGGCCAUGCACCUGCUUACUCAUGACCUCAAGCACAAGUGUGACAUAUGUGGGAAAGCCUUCAGCAGACCUUGGCUACUGCAGGGCCACAUGCGCUCUCACACGGGCGAGAAGCCCUUUGGAUGUGCACACUGUGGAAAAGCAUUCGCCGACCGUUCCAACCUGCGAGCACACAUGCAGACCCACUCCGCAUUUAAACAUUACAAAUGCAAGCGAUGCAACAAAACUUUUGCGCUCAAGUCGUAUCUGAACAAGCACUACGAGUCGGCGUGCUUUAAAGGCACGUUCUCACCGCUCGCAUCCGUCGAGGCAUGACUUCCGGUCUGAAAACACUCACUCCCCCCUCAAAUGUUAGGAUGAUUACGCUAUCUUAUCCAGUUAUGUCUCACAAUCAAAAUGAAGUCCAAUAAUAGCACAAUUUUAUCUUUUUUUUUUUUUUGCAAAGUUGACCUUAAAGGAAUAUGGAACCUUUGCAUGCACUUCAGCACCCAUGCCCUCAAAUUACGUUCAGACAGUUCACCUCGGUGCUGCACAGCACUUGACUAUGACUUGCGUCCAAUGAAGGUUUGAGCGACGCCAUGUUCCUCAUUAAAAUAAAACUCUUUUGUAUUGUCAGUGGAUAUUAUCAUACUGCUGCAAGUGGCCCAAACGUAUUCACAAUCGAGGUAAACCGGUAUUAUUUAUUUGUUUUUUUUAGAUAUGUAUAUUUAUUUUUGGUUUGUCAGAUUUUAUUACUUCAUCUAGGAUGUAUGAUUCUCUGUGAUGCACUGAUAGUGUGAUUUUCAUGUAUGUAUAUAUUUAUUUAUUUUUAAAGGUUCAUUUGGCCUUUUUUUUUCUUACUCUAUAAUGUUGCCUUUUGGGUUAUGCCAGUCUUAUUAACAUGCCAAAGCAUUUAGAUCCAUGGUAAUAAUUUUAAUUGUUUUUGGUUUGUUGUUUGUUUGUUUUUUUAUUUGAUAUUUUUUUUGCAUACCUACUUAAUGCAUGCAAAAAGAAAAGAAAUCUAUGCCAAUACCACAAAGCUUAUAAUUUUGCCAAAAUGUAGAGAUAAUACCAGGGGGCAAUAUUUCUAGGGGUUCUCAUAAGAAUAUAAAAAGCAAUAAUCAUAAUGCAUGGUAUUUUUGAAAGUAAUAAAGUAUUACCUAUAGCAGUUUU